CCCACCCCAAAUCCCCAUUCUGGAGGUUACUUCAAAGUUUCUGGUUUAACUUUCAGAAUCAAAGCCAUCUCACCACCAGCUUAUGAUAGAAAUAAAGAUGGAGAUGCGGAUAUUUAAUUUCUACCUCUCAGAAGAUCGAACGGGUCAUGAUAAUUAUAGGAUUUAAGGAAGAAAUGAAAAGCCUCAGGGAUGACUUCUCUCAAACAGUCUUCAACUCAUGCCAAGCAACAAGCUGCUCUUGAAACAGAGGGCACGUCUUUGAAAUGCUAAACAAAGAACAGGCUGCUAACUACAAUUCGCUUAUGCAGCUAUGAUCCUACCAAUUACCCAAGAAGCUGAGGGAAAUGGUGAACCUCCACGUCAGAGUAGGCUUCAAUGAGUACAUGCCAGAAAGGCAGCUGUUCAGAAGGCUGAAGGUUACAACCAAUUGCUGCACAAAGUUGACUGGAUUUGACAUUCCACUUGCAAAAAUAAAACCGGUCAAUUGGCAACCCUGUCAGAGAAUGCAUAAAGGUGGUGGGAGCAGCACAACUCUCUUCCUUCUCCUGGGAAAUGAGGAGAGACAGCUUCGGCAGCUGGGCAAGUGUGAUCAGCAUAACAGCGCUUGGUGCAGGCAGGCACAUCUCAUCUACCUGCCAAGGCAGUCAAGGGGAUGUGGAGCAACAGUAGCUGCUCCAAACAACACAGCCAGUGCUGGCUACCUACACUUUUUGUGCAUCUCCUCUGUUUAUAUCAUCUGUAUGUCACAGGCAAAGGGAACACCCCCCCCCCCCAGUAUUCAGGUAUGUCUUAUCAAAAUAAAUAGUCAAAUCACUGUGAGUUGUCAGCAGGUCCAGAAAACAUUUACGGAGCAGAAACAUUCACAGCAAAACAAAACAAACCUGAAAUCGUUCUUUGGAAAUGAAUAUAUUCAGCAUUUCAUACUCGUGUUUAAAAGACUUAAAUUGGACAAUAUUGAGAAAUGUUUCUUUAUAAAGUAAGGGCUUGUACACACCGGAACACAAUGUGAAUCCCACCUCAGUGUUCUUCCAGACAACGCUGGACACCCUCCAUUAAGGUGGAGGCAAGCUAGUUUGCUGCAGUUUGGACAAGCCCUUGUGUCUCAACAUCAGAUUUCAUCAAAAUGGAAUGUUUUUGGUUAUGCUGGGGAAAUACUGAAUAAUAGUUCUUAUCAAAGUAAGUUUGAGGCUGGAUUGGAUGGCACAUGUCGUGUCAGAGUUGU